GUCAAAAAGUAUGUAUGUCUAUAAAUCUUCAAUUAUUUUUAUCUUAGAAAAUAAUAAGUCAAGAGUGAUUUUAAAGAUCCCUAUUAUCCAAUACGAAAAGAAUUUGUUACAUCGUAAGUUCCCCUAAAAACUCUAUGAUAUUUGUUAUAGACAGAGUCAAACGAAAGUUCUUAACCUCUUAUGCUACAUCUUUGGAUACAACUAAAUCUUCUUGCACUCUUUUAAAAACGCAUUUCGUAAAACAAAAAAGAUAAAUGAGAAUGCAGAAGCUUGAGAUCUUACUGUUUCACACUCUCAUUGAUUCAUCAUCUUUAUCACCACAAAGACUCAGAGUGAUGAACAGAAUCAUAUCAUCACAAGGAACAGAAUUGAUCCAGCACAAACUCUCUCAACACACUUCCUUCUUCGGCAUCAAGCUAUGGAUCCUCAUUACAGCUUCUGCCUCCAUAGCCUUCCUCUUAGUUCUCAUCAUUUCUGUCCUCCUCUGUUUCAUCUUUCACAGGAGAAGGUGUAGACAAGAACCAUUCAGACUAAGAUCAAAGCUUUGUCUGCCUUUAUCACACAUUCCCAUAAAUAACAAACGACAGAUUCCAUACAACCGUUGCGGCGAUGAUGUAGAGAGCCAGAGAAUCUCUCAGGUUGGUUGGUCCUCUGCUCAUCUUUCCUACUACACACGCAGCUUCUCCUCUACCGGCAGCUUUGGAAGCUUCAAUGUGUUUACGUUCUUGGAGAUCAAGAACGUGACAGAUAGUUUUGCAGAUUAUAAUCUGAUUACUACAGGAGAUUCUUCAACGGUGUAUCGCGGAAUCUUGAUGGGUACAGUCACUGUUGCUGUCAAACGGUUCUUCCCCAUCCAUCAAAGGUAUGAAGAUAAAGAUUUCAUAACAAAAGCUGAGAUGAUUGCAAAUGUUAGACACAAGAAUGUUGUGAGACUUCUUGGAUACUGCAUUGAAGGAGAUGAGAGGGUUCUUGUUUAUGAAUACGCUGAGAAAGGCGAUUUGCACGAAUGGCUUCAUGGAUCUUCCGGGAGAAAUCGGCCUCUGACCUGGAGGAAGAGGAUGAAGAUCAUUCAAGGAGUAGCAAAAGGCCUCGCGUAUUUUCACGAGGACAUAGAACCAAAGAUCACUCAUCAAGACAUAAGACCAAGCAAGAUUCUUCUUGAUUAUCAAUGGAACCCUAAGAUACUUGAUGUUGGAUUCAUUGGUCACAGUGAUAUUCCAACUUCGAUUCCUUCACCUAGUAAUCUGGAUGAGAAAAUCGACGUUUAUUCCUUCGGGACUUUGAUAAUGGAGCUUGUCUCUGGAAGAGUCUCUGUAGACCAAAGUUCACCACAUGUUUAUCUAGUGGACUGGAUCAAAGAGAUGGUGGCAAAUCAUAUGAUAGUAGAUGUUCUUGAUCCUAGCCUUCCCGAAUUUCCUACAAUAAAGGAACUCAAACGGAUUGUGUUGAUUGCCUUGCGCUGUGUCGAUCUCGAGGUAGAAGAGAGACCUAAAAUGGGAGAUGUGAUUCACAUGCUCCAACCACAUGACUUGCUGUUGAGUAACAAUGCAAUACAGAAGCCUCAGAAGGUUACCCGGUCACACGAGGUUUCUGCAGUAAGUAUUAGACAAUGAGUCCCAAGCAGCAAUAAAUGAUUGCUAACUUAAGAUCUUCUGCUAUGUAUUUUAUGUUACAGCAGUCUCAGUUGUAUUGAUUUGUUUUGCAUCCCUUAUUCGAGUUUAUGUAGGAUUUUGCUUAUUGUAAUUGCAAGAGCCAACUUUGUGACGUAUUUUACAAGCAUAUUAAGUCAAGGCUCUGAAACGCAGCUUGUUAUAUGACUUCUCUAUA